AUGUCGACGUCCGCAUCACGCGAAGAUGCCGUCCAGGACUUCAUUGAACAUGUCUUGAGAAUACCAAAUCCUGAAAAGGUUUUGAACUCCGUCUUGGGAAGAUUAGAGAAGAGUAGACAGGGACAGAGAGCAAGGCCGCGAUUUGCUGAUGAUACAGACUGCGACCAACCAGAAAUUCUUCCAGAAUACACUGAAUCCCUGGAAAAUUCACACGAGCGGGAAAUGAGACAAUUAGGUUCACAGAUUUGUUCGAGCCUCGGAUUUUCUUGCGUACAAUGGAACAAAACUAUACAUUUGACUAGACGACGUUACUCAAGUGACUGCUGGGAAACGAAGACAAUGAUUAUACCGGCGGGUUGCGAAUGUAUGUGGCCUGUUCACAGACUCGGAGACAUGACCUUGCAUGUU